AUGAUCACAAAUUAAAUUAAAUAUUCAUUCGCCCUUUAUUCCAAAUACUUCCUAGUGUCUCAACAAUAUAAUUAAGACAUGUAUUAUCAUCGCAUCCCUUUGCGUUCAGAACACGAAAACCAACUCUAAAAAUUAAUUUCAAAAGGCGCCUAAAUUAUAGGCGGAGCUCAAUUCCCAUACAAUGGAGCAUAUUACAUCAUCAAUACAGAAGAUGACAACAACAUCAAAUCCUUUAUCAAUAAUGAUCCAUAUACAUAAAAUAAUUUAGCGAAAACCACCUAUGAACAAAUCUACCCCCAAAUUGAUAAUUUUGAUCAAUUAAGUUAGCUCUAUAGUUUUAAAUGA